AUGAAACUUAAAUUAGAAAUAGCGUCGUUGGAGAAAUAUUGGGAGAAACGUAUUAUCCCGAGAGGUUUACGUAUCAUGUUAAAAUCAGCCACAGAUAAAGAUGAUGAGGAUUUUAAUACUGUUUGGGAUAGAAUCUUAGACCAUUGCUCCUUUGAACUUAUGAACCAUAUCAUAUGCAAACGGAAACGAAUGUUGGCAGUGCUGGAUGAGGAAAUCAAUGAAAUAAAAGAAAUUCUUUCUCCUCACCUGGCACUGCCAGAAUGUAUACAACUCAUGGAAAAAAUAGAGAAAAAAUUAAGUUCGUUAUUCGAGGAGACUGUGUCCACAAAGAAACGUAAAUUUGAUAGAGACCAGGAGGACUUUAGAGAGAAUAAAGUCAGAAGUUAUAAGAGAAAUCAAAAUGAGAGAUCGUUUAAAUCUAGCCCUAGGAGCAAUAAGUACUAUGCCCCCAGAAAUUUAAGAAAUCACAAAACUAUAUAUGCUCCUGAAAAUCCUCUAGAGCAUAAUUAUAUCAGGCGAGGAGAACUACAACCUAAACAAUAUACACCUCAGAGAGUGAAUAGUAGUGAGUGGACUACGGUCACUCACAAGAAAAGAAACAAUUUGUAUAGAAAAAAUCCUUACAGACCCCAAGGGAAAUAUGACUCAGAAACACCUAGGGCAAGCAAUCAAACAAAAAAUUGGCGUUCAUAUAAUAAGUUUGAUGUACUCCAUACAGAAGAGACCGACCGAGUAGGGGCAAAAGAAAACUAUACACAAUCAAAUGAUCAUUUUUUAGGACCAAGAAGCCAAUAUUUCAAUCAGAACUAUCGAGAGCCCCCACAAAUCAACAUAAGAAAAAGACCUUUUUUAGAGGAUGUAGGGGGGGCAAGAGAUAUCACAAGAGAAAAGAAAAUGAAAAGGUAG